AUGGCACUUGCUUUACUGGCACUUAGCGCUGUCACUAUUACACCGAUAGCGGCUGCUCUUGAUAGCAGCUCUGGCUCGGUUUUGUCGGUCAGCCAGUCGGACUGGGAGGCGUUCAAUGCGAGUGUUUCUGGACGAUUGCAUAACGGGGUACCACUGCUUGCACCUUGUUACAAGGCCUUCAAUGGGAGGGAGAAGACCGAGGAUACUCAACGAUGCACAUCCCUACAAGAAAACCGACAUGAUCACGUAUUCGUAUCCGACCAGUUCGGCGGCUACCAGCAGUCGAACUGGGCGGGAUGCCAGGCGACUGGAGACAACUGCGCCAUGAAGAUUACGGUGCCGGAUUUGGAUACUCCAGCCACGAGGCAUUGUUUGCAGGGAAGUGUCCCGAGGAGGUAUGUUGAUGCGCGGGGAGUAGAGGAUGUGCAGAAGACGCUCCGGUUUGCGAGAGACAACGGGCUUCGGUUGGUUGUGAAGAAUACUGGGCAUGAUUACUUGGGUAGAAGUUCAGCUCCGGAUUCAUUUGCACUUUGGACACACAAUAUUCAACCUCCCAUUGCGCUCACCGAGGACUUCAUCCCCGACGAAUGCUCGCAACCGGUCGGUGACGUGAUAACCUUCGGUGCAGGGCAGCAAUUUGGUGGAGUAUACGAGUUUGCAAAUGCUCACGGGUAUCGGGUAGUGGGCGGCACGUCUCCCAGUGUCGGUAUCGCCGGCGGCUGGCUAGCUGGUGGUGGACAUAGCAUGUUAUCGAAUGAACUGGGCUUGGGCGUCGACAAUGUCCAGCAGAUCAAGGUUGUUCUUCCAGACGGGAGGUACAUCACUGCGAACCGGUGCCAGAACCAGGAUAUUUUCUUCGCUCUUCGUGGCGGCGGCGGCGGGACUUUUGGAGUGGUGACUGAGAUGAGUUACUCUGUUCACCCCAAAAAGCCUAUGCAGUUUGCCCGGAUCUCGAUUCCUGGGAUCAAUGAGGAUGUGAUAUCCGAAUUUUUCUCAGCCGUCAUUGCUAAUGCCGAUAAAUGGGCGUCUGAAGGCUGGGGAGGAUACAUUCUGCCUGCUGGGGUAGGCGAAGCGUCGACAAUAUCGCUGGGCACUACGAUGCUAGAUAUUUCUGAAGCCCGGGCUUCCAUGCAGCCUCUCAUCGAUCUUGCCAACAGACCUGCUGAUUCGGGCACGUUAGGGAACGCGAGUGUCAACACUGCGGAUUACCAUAACAUCCUUCAAGCCAUCAUUGCUCGUGAAGAGAGCUUGAUUUUCCCUAGCUCAGCCUGGGCUUUCUCCUCUCGUCUCAUUCCAAAAGGAUCCUUCCAUGGCGACAACCAGCAGCGACUCUCAUCGGCCCUGCAUAACAUUAUAAAAACAGCGCAAGCGCAAGAUGUGCCGGCAUCCUCCACGUUGCUAAUCUACGCCGUGGCGCCCAGCCUCUACUCUCGUACAAUGCCAGAAACAGAUCUUCCCGGAGGCCCCGGAGCGUCCUCGGUAUCACCAGCUUGGCGCCAUGGGCUCUGGCAUGUUAUAUUUACCCGGCAGUUUGACGGCACAACAACCGAUCCAAGCACGGUUCAGGAAAUUUGGCAGACAACGCACGAAAUAAUGAAUCCGCUGCGAGAACUUACACCCGGUGGCGGCGCGUAUCAAAACGAGGCAGAUCCAUUCGAGCCUGACCCAGUUGAUUCGUUUUGGGGAGAGGAAAACUAUGCUAGAUUGCUCCAAAUCAAGAGAGAAGUCGACCCGACGAAUUUGCUCACUGUUCAUAACGGGAUUGGAUCGGACGAGACGGAUGGAAGAUACAGUUGCUAUCCUGACAUUAAGGUGUGA